AUGCUAAAGAGGGUUGAGACAACAAAUUCGGUGUUGGUUGAGUACUGGAAAACAAUCAAUCUUGAUGUUGCGACUGGAAAGUUAUUGUCGAAAGAAGAGGUUGGUCCUUCGAAGAAACCAAAACGUUCUAAGAAGGAUGAAAAGGCUACACUUGAGAAGCCAGUGCACGAAACUCAAAAGUCUCCCGAGAAGCAUGUGCACGAAUCCAAGCUGUCCCCAAAGAAGCCUGAGAAGCCAGAAGUAAAUGUUUCGACUGUUGUAAUCAAGCCAGUGGAACCCGUUGAUGAUACUCUAGUUAAGGAGAAAAUUCCUUCAAAAUCUGGUGUUUUUCGAAGAUUAAAGAAGAGGACUCGGGGUUCAAGAAAAUCUUCAGAUGGUUUGUUCAAAUCUUCUCCUUCAAAUGUUCGUAAACCACAACUUUCUCAUCAAGGAGUAAUUUUUCGUGAGGUUCCAGCUCCCGUUUCGCCUUUGUCAAAGAAACGUAGAGCUGAAGACGUGGCUAAACACAUUUUGAAGAAGAAGAAAAGGCAACAAAAGUUGGUUAUACAAGAGGAGUCGUUCGAAGAAGAGAUAGUUCCUGAAACACCAGAAUCAAUUAUUUUUCAAUCUCUAUCUACUCCUGAGAAGACUACUAUCAUACCACCCAAAGUUUCGUUAUCACAUACUGAGGAGGGUUGA